AACAUUCGAACAUUUGUCAAGCAUGCUACAUUUUGGACUUCACUCGUAUGUCAUAUCCUUUUUUUCAUUAUUAAACCACAGAUGUUACACAUUCUUUUCAUUCCUUAAUCUACAAUUGUACGAAAUUGGAUAAAUACUGAUUUACAAUAAAAACAAGUGAACACUAUAACAUAAUUAUAGUAUCAAUGUUAUAUGCUUGCAUCGUAAAAUUUUCCCCAAAAAUACGUUACUCCGUACGAGUUCUGACGUCGAAACAACAGAAACUAAAUGCCGUCGCCGGAACCCUAACGUAUCACCGAAGCUUCCUCACCGCAUCCGCCUCCACUUCCCCUUCCCCUUCCCCUUAUGCUCUCCUUACAUUCCUCCCUCGCUCUCCGUCUUCACCCGCCUCACUGCUUCCUCUCUCCGCUCUCGAAAUGGAUCGCAGCUCCGCUUCUUCUUCGAGGCCCUCUCUUCCUCGUUUCGCCGCCGUGGAAGCUGCUGCAGUCCUCGACCCCACUCCACCUGCGCGGGAACGGUGCCGCCUCGGCGCUGCUGAGGAAAAGGAGGGCGGAGGCUCUGAUUAGGUUGAAUUCGCGGCUCGAUUCGUUUAAGAGCAAGAUCAACUCCUCCUCCUCCUCCUCCGCUGCUGUCGCGAAUACCGCGACACCGUACGGGGUCAUCUUUGAGGAGAAAUCGGGAAGAAAUAGCUCGGCGGCGGAGGAGUGGUUUUGAGGUAAUUCUGACUGCCUGCCUGCUACAUUACACUCUUGAUCAUAUAAACUUGUUUAAAUCAU